AUGAUUUUAUUGACGAUAUGUCUGACGGGAGUGCAAAUCACAUGGACCGUUGAGUUGGCGUACGGAAAUCCGUACCUCCAGCAGCUCAACUUGCCCCAUGCAUUGUCAGCUUUGGUGUGGUUGGCAGGCCCACUAUCCGGUCUCCUGAUUCAGCCGAUCGUUGGCGUGUACAGCGACAAGUGCAGCUUCCGUAUCGGUAGGCGGAGACCUUUCAUGUUAGUUGGUGGCCUGAUUGUGCUUGCGUCGAUCGCCAUGAUUGCGUAUGCGCCGGAGAUAGCGCAACUCUUCACAGGGUCGAAGGAUGCGAAACGAAACGAAGUGUUGACAAUCAUGUCAGCAGUUUUGGGAUUCUACUGCCUGGACUUCUCAAUCAACGCUGUUCAAGCAUCAUGUCGCUCUCUGAUCGUUGACGUAGCGCCCAUACAUCAACAAGAGACGGCGAACGCCUGGGGCGGGCGAAUGAUAGGAAUCGGAAACGUAGUGGGAUACUUUCUUGGUUUUUUGGAUCUCCCCCGGUUCUUCCCGUUUUUCGGACACGGUCAGAUGAGAGUUUUCUGCUGGCUUGCGAGUAUAUGGUUCGCGCUGUCGCUUGGAGCCACGUGUUUGGCUGUCCAGGAGAAGCGCUAUGUCCCGAAACGAGCGGAGAAGCUGAGGGCUUGGUAUGAGCCUUUGCUGGACAUAGGCAAAGCGAUGAGGGGUAUGCCCGAGACUAUACAGCGCAUCUGCUUGGUGCAGUUUUUCGGGUGGAUGGGCUUCUUCCCGUUCCUUUUCUACAGCACAACAUGGGUCGGACAGAAAGCCAUCGGCAUGCAUAAGGGUAUAGGAGAUCGUGGAAGAGACAGCGACGAAGCGACACGAGCAGGCUCCUUUGCCAUGUUGAUGUACUCCCUCAUCUCCCUCGCGACCGGCUUCCUUCUCCCGAUGAUCACGGUCCGCCGUGACGAAGACGACGGACGCUGGGUGGACUCGCACCUGCAUCCCGUCCUCCAAAAGCUGAAAGCACUGCACUACAAAUACCUCCGCCUCCCCGUCGUCUGGGCGUUUGCGUUCUGGUUCUUUGUGGCCCUCAUGUUCUCCACACUCUUCAUCAACUCGGUGCUCGCCGCCACCAUCGUCAUCGCCUCCGUCGGCGUGUCGUGGGGAAUCAUGCAGUGGGUCCCCUUCACGCUACUCGGAGAAUGCAUCAACUAUUACAACGACAACCGCACCCUCCCCCGCGAAAACCCGAGCAGCGCCCAGGGCUCCUCCGCAAAUCUCAUCAGCGGGUACGGCAGCCUACCCCGCAUCGACGACGACGACGACGAUGACGACGAUGACCAUAUACCCCCGUACAUCGGCGCAAGCACACAAGGCAUCGCCCCAUCCCCCCGCGCCUCAUCGCCAACCCCAACCACAAACUCCACCGAAUCGCUCGAAGCAGGCAUGGUCCUUGGCAUUCACAACAUCUACAUCGUCAUCCCGCAGUUCUUCUCGACAUUCAUGUGCAGCGUCGUGUUUACCGUCUUCCAUCUCAUCGAGAAAAGAAACGCGCCGGGGGAUAAGGCGGGGGAUAAGGCGGUGGAUGUGCUCGGCGACUUGCAGCCGGAUCCGUAUGACUCUGUAGGGUGGGUGUUGAGGAUUGGCGCGGCGUCGGGGAUCAUUGCUGGAUUCGUCGCGCUGAGAGUCAAGGAGGUGCCGCGGAUUUCGGGGAUGGGAAACUCGGGGGUGUUUGCUGCUGGGCAUUGA